UUUCCUUUGUCACUAUCCGUUGAGAACCCAAACGGCUCUCUCUUCUCUGACUUUCUCUCUCGAGAUCGGUCGACAUUUUUCUCUGAAGCUCUCUUCUCUCUUUACGAAUCCCGAUAUGAGCCACGGGUGGUUAUGGUUAUGAAUAAUCCUGCAAACAACAACCCAGUUGCAGCGUUGUCAGCCGUAGCUUUAGCUCCGCCGCCACAUCCGCCGCAGCCUCACCGUCCCUCUACCUCCUGUGAUCGUCACCCGGAUGAGCGAUUCACCGGAUUUUGUCCUUCUUGUCUAUUUGACCGUCUCUCUGUUCUAGACAUCACAGGGAAGAACAACAACGCCGUCGCGUCUUCUUCUAGGAAACCACCGUCGUCUUCCGCCGCUCUUAAAGCAAUCUUCAAGCCCUCUUCCUCCUCCGGGUCGUUGUUCCCGGAACUUCGGAGGACGAAAUCGUUUUCCGCGACAAAGGCUGAAGCUUUUUCUUUGGGUGCGUUUGAGCCACAGAGGAGAUCCUGUGAUGUUAGGGUUAGGAACACUCUCUGGUCUCUGUUUCACGAAGACGCCGAGCAUAAUUCUCAAACCAAAGAGGGUUUAUUAGUGAAUUGCAGUGAGAUUGAUCUCGAACGCAUCAAUUCCAUUGUAAAGUCGCCUGUUUUCGAGGAAGAAACUGAAAUUGAAAGUGAGCAAGACAACGAGAAAGACAUAAAUUUUGGGACUUUCAAGGAACCCAGAAGUGUAAUCGACGAAAUCGUUGAAGAAGAAGAAGAAGAAGAAGAAAUUGAAGAAGAGGAGACGAAGAAAGUUGAGGACUUUGAAAUGGAGCUUAAUCCUCAGACGACGAAGAAGACGAACAGAGACUGGAGUUUCUGGUCGGCGGCGUCAGUAUUCAGCAAGAAAUUGCAGAAAUGGAGACAAAAGCAGAAGCUUAAGAAGCAUAGGACCGGCGCCGGAUCCGCUGCGUUACCGGUGGAGAAGUCAAUUGGGAGACAACUUAGAGAUACUCAAUCUGAAAUCGCUGAGUAUGGUUAUGGCCGGAGAUCGUGUGAUACAGAUCCAAGAUUCUCAAUCGACGCCGGAAGAUUCUCGCUUGACGCCGGUAGGGUUUCGGUGGACGACCCUCGUUACUCUUUUGAGGAGCCACGAGCUUCUUGGGAUGGAUAUUUGAUCGGAAGAACGGCUGCUCCGCCGCGAAUGCCGUCGAUGUUAUCUGUAGUGGAAGAUUCUCCGGUUCGGAAUCAUGUUUUCCGGUCAGAUGCUCACAUUCCGGUGGAAAAGCCACCACCUUCUCCACCACCAGUACCAGGACGUGUAAAUGAGGAGAUUGUUCCUGGUGGAUCUGCACAGACCCGAGAGUACUACUUAGACUCAUCUUCACGACGGAGGAAGAGCCUUGACCGUUCUAGCUCCACUAGGAAGAUAUCAGCCUCUAUCAUGGCUGAAAUUGACGAACUAAAGCUGUCCCAAGACAGAGAGGCUAAAGACUUGAUUUCGCAUUCGCAUUCACAUUCGAAUUCUUUGAGAGACGAUUGUUGCUCAGUUGAGAACAACUUCGAGAUGGGUGUUAGAGAAAACGUAGGGACUAUAGAAUGCAACAAGAAGAGGACGAAGAAAUCUCGAUGGAGUUGGAACAUAUUCGGGCUGCUUCAUCGGAAAAACGGUAACAAAUACGAAGAAGAAGAACGAAGAAGUGGUGUGGAUAGAACGUUUUCGGGGUCGUGGAAUGUAGAACCGAGAAACGGAUUUGAUCCGAAGAUGAUUAGGAGCAAUAGUAGUGUGAGUUGGAGAAGUUCCGGUACCACUGGAGGAGGGUAUCAACGGAAUAGUGUGGAUGGAUACAUUAGUGGGAAGAAGAAAGUUAGUAAGGCUGAGAAUGGAAUGCUCAAGUUUUACUUGACACCAGGUAAAGGAAGGCGAAGAGGAAGCGGCAAUUCGGCCGCACCGACUAACCGGCCAGUAUCGGGUUCUCAGCCGUUUGGUAGUAAAAAUGUUAUGAACUUUUACUGACAACAUUGUAAUGAGCUCGAAUCUUCUUUUUAGAUGUAGUUGGAAUAAGUGUGGUGAAGUUGC